AUGAAACGCGGACGCGGACGUCCCCCAAAGUCCACCAAGGUGGAAAAGUCAGCCAAAGUGCAGUCCAAGAAGCGCUGCACCUCAAACCCCAUUAUGCAGGGCUCUAAGGUCGAAAACGACCUCAUUCUACUGUGGAUUUGCUUUGAGGAAAGUGAUGGCAUCAAAGAAGGACAGACCACGAUUGAUUACACUGCGGUUGGCAAGAGACUUGGCCUCUCGUAUGUCCAGGCUAAAUCCCGCUACCAUCAGCUGCGCUCUCGUGUCCAAAAGUUGAUGUCGACUGUCAUCAGCGACAAGGGUCCGGAGGACCAGGCCGCCAUGGAAAGCGAACAGGAAAAUAAAUUCGCUGCCCAGAAGAAGGAAGAGAAAUUGGCCAAAAACGAGAAGGAGGAGGAUGAGCCGACCAAGAUGGAGGGUGGGGAGGAUGAAUUUGAGGAAAUGUGA